GCACGCACACAAACGAAUCGCACACAGUGACAGACAUAAGGGAAUAGCGGCAUCGGCAUCGGCAUUGGCGCUGUGCUUUAUACGCGACGCGAUUUUGUGGCGUGCAGACGUCUUGUCGGUGAAAAGUAAAUGAAAAUUGAAGUCGGAAAAGCGCAUACAACAAUCUAAUUGGAAAUUGAACCGAUGUCCUUUCUCGUAGGACAUUAACUGCACAUGGCAUGACUCAUGCAACGCAGCCCAUACAAAUAAACAGCAACAAUGAAAAAUAAUCAAAAGUAUGCAAAAUUGCCCCAAGAUUUGGAUCUGAGCUUUCAAAGUGAUUUAGAUUUGCUGCCGGACACAGCGGCCGAUAUCGAUGUCGAUGAGUUUAAUUUGAGUGGCACGCCACCUGCUGGUUUAGUACUAAACGACGACGACGACGACGUCGACGCCGGCGCUGACGACGACGACGAAGACGACGAAAUUGUUAUUGCAGCGCAGGUAUUGGGUGGCGGCGGCAGCGGCGGCGGCGACGGCAACGGUGGCGGCAGCGGCGGCGGACUGCGUCUGGCCACACGUAAGCAGCGCAAACAGCGCAAGCAACAGCAAGUGGAGCAGCGGCUGUACAACAACAAGAACAAGAUCUGCGGACUCGGCAGUGAUAGUGUUAUCGAGGUAAGUCCACAACAAUUAUCGAUAAUCGUAAUCAGCGAGUUUUGAUCAGCGAUCAACUUU